UGAACAUUUCUACAGACUUACGGGCAGGAAUUUGUACUAAUUGUGGUUACCUAUUCACACGUGCAUUCAUACACACAGCCACACAUACGUGAUGGCACAUCAACGUCCACAACUGCUCAUCAUCUCAAUCUCCCUGCUCUAUUGGUUUUGUCAUACAGGCGAAUGUUGGAAGUUCGAUGGCGGUGGUCCAGGUGUACUCGGCCCUGGUACACAUAACCCGCCUGCCCUAAAUGUGCCCACAUUUAUAACCACUUACACACAUUUGCGCACGCCACGUAGCGCAUCAGCGUCACCGGGUAACGGCGGUUCGGUUGCGACUGCACGUGGUCCUCCACCAGCUGUGCCGCCACCCAGUGGGAAUGGUGGCGCUGUUGGUGGUGGUAGCUUCGCGGCGCUGUUUAAUGGUCAACAACAGGAUAUGUUGUAUGCGUGUCCACUGAAUAGUAUGUGCCAGUGUGCGGGUUUGCCCAACGAGACGACCACCCUGAUUGAAAUCAAUUGCAACGAAGUGGCGCUGUAUAAAUUUCCAGAAUUCAUUCACAGUUCCGUACGUUACAUUGAAAUGUCACGCACACAUCUUCAAAGUGUCGACGAUGAAACAUUUCAGGGACUCAGACUGAAGACAUUGAAAUUGAUAGAUAACGAAUUGCAGGACAUUUCAGAACGCAGCUUCAGCACAAUGACGCAUUCGCUCAUGACGCUGGACAUAUCUGGCAACAAAAUGCAGCACAUACCGCUGGAGGCAUUGCAGAAAUUGCAUUCACUAACACGGCUUGUGGCGCAAAGGAAUCACAUCACUUCGCUCGAAGGCAACUGGGAAGCUCUCUUCGACACAUUGCGAUCCCUACACCUUUCGGGCAACGACAUCACCGAAGUGUCACCUUUUGGUCUGCAUGAAAAUGGUAAUGGCGUGAAUGGUGGCGGUAGUGGUCAUCCCUCCAGCUUGGCGGCGAUCACGCGACAUGAUGAGCUGGCCACCACAAAGAGCGGCCACAAUAACGCGCUGAACACGCUGACUGGACUCAGUGGAUCUGCGGGCCACAUACCAAGCACGAGCAAUCACAUUGCGCCCAGCAAACCAUUUAGCCGCCUUCAAAAGCUACUCUGGCUAGAUAUCUCCAAUAACCGCAUCUACCAUAUAGCGCCCAACUUCCUGCCACGCUCUUUGGUCACCAUCGAUCUAUCGAGCAACCUGCUCACCGUUUUUCCACAACAACUCUUCGAGCACCUACACGGGCUACGUAUCGUAUCGCUACGUGACAAUUUACUGCGUAGCGUGCAAACGAAAGAGUUGCGGUUGGUGCGCAUGCGACUCGAAAAGCUCGACAUGGGCAUGAAUUUGGUGGAGACGCUGGAAUCAGAUUGGUUUCAGAACAACUACUCAGAUGUGCAUGUGCGCGCGCUCAAUCUGGAGAAGAACUAUAUACGCCAGCUACCACCGGCCGUGUUCAAGGGUACUGGCAUUGUGCAUUUGGUUUUGGCUUUCAAUGCCAUCGAACGCAUACAUGUCAAUGCCUUUGAAGGUAUAACUGAGACGUUGGAGUAUUUGGAUCUGGAGCGUAAUGAACUAAAUGCGGUGCCAGGGGCGAUUAGUACGCUGCACAAGCUGAAGUAUUUGUAUUUAGCCUCGAAUAAUAUUUGUCAGCUAACCAAUUUGCCGGAGAAUACCGAGAAUCUGCGCGUGCUCAGCUUGAGCGGCAAUAAUUUCACGAUGAUCCCGGUGUUGGCGUUGCGCAACUAUACACAGCUGUCAUAUCUCAAUAUGGGCUACAAUCUGAUAUCGGAUAUACCGGAGGGCAUUUUUGCGGUGGAUAAUUGGGGUGCGAACUUGCAGACGAUAUUGUUGCGUAACAACAAAAUCACGCACUUGCAUUUGGGCUCCUUCUAUGGGUUGGAGCAAAUACAGGAAAUCAGUUUGAGCUUCAAUGACAUCAACAUACAUCACCCUAUGGUUUUCGAGAAUGUUUCGCGCACGUUGAAAAUACUUGAACUCUCAUUUGCGGUCUUCCCGGCACGCAUUUUGGAGUCAAUCGAUCCACUCGAUGCGCUAGUGCCGCUCUCACAACUAAUGUGGCUCGGUUUAGACAAUAAUAACCUGAAGAUGUUGUCCAAUGAAUCUUUUGCGAAUAUGCGCGAGCUGAGCUACAUCAAUUUGGCAUUCAAUCAAGUUAAGCAGCUGCCGAGUGGACUCUUUCUACCCGACGUACACAGCCACUUGGUGGAGAUCGAUCUCUCGUACAAUACAUUGGAGGUCAUUGCGCGCCAUACCUUUUACAAUUUAGGUGACCUGCAAACGCUUAACUUGCAAUCGAAUAAGUUGAAAUUGCUUGAGCGGCAUAGCUUCUACAAUUUGGAAUUUCUGCGCUACAUCGAUUUGUCCUACAAUCAAUUGGCCAACAUCUCACAUGGUGCCUUCACCAUACUACCCAACCUCGCGGCCUUGGACUUGAUGCACAACCAUCUGUGCACGCUCUCGCUAAAAAUGUUCCACUUUGUCUCCAACACCAGCACGCCGCUGAGGCUGAAUGUCACCUACAACCAAAUUUCACACUUCGAGGACGAACUCAGCUCGUACAUGUAUAUUUAUAACCUGGAUAUCAGUCACAAUGCGAUCAGCAAGACCGAAAGCUUCGCGAAUCUCGCCAAUACGUUGCGCUUCCUGAACUUGGCGAACAACAACAUUGGUGGCCUGGCCAACCAUGCGUUCGGUGAUUUGGAAUUCCUCGAGAUACUCAAUCUUGCACAUAAUAAUAUCACUUCACUGCGGCGUCGUAGUUUUCAGGGUCUAAAUAGUUUGCAGGAGUUGGAUCUCUGCUACAAUGGCCUCGAACAGCUGCAGGUAGAACAGUUCUCGAAUCUGCGCAAGUUACGCAUACUACGUGUACGUGGCAAUCGUCUGCGUGCACUUCCACGUGAGGUAUUCAUGAAUACGCGCCUCGAAUACUUGGACAUCUCCGAGAACCAGCUGUCAGUGUGGCCGGUGCCUGCCUUCUCGGACGUCGGUUUUACGUUACGCAGCAUACAGAUGGCACAAAAUACGCUCGAGUAUCUCGACUCCAGUAUGUUUGUUAAUUCCCAGUUUCUCUACGACAUCAACUUGGCGUGCAAUCGCAUCACAGUGCUGCCCGACAACACCUUCACUUUUCUCAACAAUCUUACCAACUUGGAAUUGUCGCAAAACCCGUUGGUUACCACCAAUCUGAAAGAGGUAUUCUUGCACACGCCACGCCUGCGACGCCUGAAAAUACGGCGCAUGGGUCUUUAUGUGCUGCCACAGCUCAGUCUGCCCUAUCUCUCGCACCUCGAUGUGAGCGGCAAUUACUUGCAGGAGCUCUCCUCGCUGCACGAGAUGCGUCAGCUGCGUCACGUGAAUGUGUCACAUAAUAAAAUCGUCAAUGCCAGCAACGUUGCCGAACACUUACCCACAUCGGUGCGUGUACUCGAUCUGGCGCACAACCCACUGCGACGCAUCACCGCCCACGAUUUCGUUGCUCUACGCCAUCUAACCGAUCUAAAUCUGAUCGACGUGAAGGUGAGCAAUCCGUCGGUGUUUAUCAAAUUGCGUUCUCUGCGCAGUUUACAUCUCACGUCGCAUCAGAAUUUGGGUGAGAUUGUGGCACGUAUACCGGGCCUGCAAGAAUUACGUGUGCAUUGCGUCGAAACGAAUAUCGGCCCAGAGCUAUUGGCGAAGCUGGUGAAUAACACGAAGUUACAGUUGCUAGAGUUGUAUGGCGGGAAUGUGCAAACUAUAGCGCCGGAUGCGCUGACGGGAUUAGCGCGCAAUCAACAUUUGCUGGUGAAAAUCUCGCACACCAGAAUAUCUGACUUGCCGCCGGGCAUUUUUUACACACUGCGUGCCGUGCCUCAGCUGGCUAUCGACAUUUCAAACAACAAAAUCAAUGCGCUCGCGGCGGACAGCUUCUAUCCGAAUAAGACUUACUGGGAUACUGUGGGCACACGCAACAUUAUGGGCGGACUGGAUACGUCACAAAAUCCGCUCGAGUGCGAGUGCGGGCUGGUGUGGUUCGGACACUGGCUGAGGCGGUGGUUACGUGAAUCAGCGCAAAUUAAAGUGAUACAAAAGGACGAAAUGAAACGGAUGGUACAGCUACCGUUACCCGCACACGUUAUGCGCCGCGCGCGUUCCAACACAUGUCACGAUCCGACAACAGGUCGUCGCCUGCCCAUACUGGAGAUCUUCCCCGAAGACCUGCUGUGCCAAGCGAGCGCGCUCAGCAGUUCAAGUGAACGCCUCUUUCUGCUCUCAUUUGCGGCGAUUGUGCUGCCGCUCUUCACAAUGUCGCUUUGAUAAUUGGAAGCGUAGAGUAGAGCGUGAGCGUAACUGUAAGACGAGCAGCGAAAGCACGGAGAUUAAAGCAGCAGACCGUGCAUGUAAAGUACUAAGUAGAAGCAGAGCACUGUAAGUGUGAUGUAGCUGUAAGUGUUGCCAUGUAAAAAUUAAGAAAAAAAAUAUUAAUUAUCCUUAAACAAAUUGGAGUGGUUCUUGCUUUAACUGUUGAACUGAGUGGAGAAGAAAUGUGUUGUUGGCUUGACGAAAUGUAAAUUAUUGUAAAUUUCCUAAAACAAUGUUAAUUUUAAUUAUAUAAUAGCAAAUGUAAAUCUGAUAUAGAUAUAAGUGAAGAGAUCAUAAAUGAAACAGUUUUUAAGCCGUCGCUAAAUUUAAAUUAAAUUCUUUUUAUAUAGGUUGAAUGAUAAAAGGCAUGAAACAAAUUUAUAGUUGAAAGCAAAGAUUUUAAUAAAUAUGAAAAAAGUCGGCACAGUAUAAUGUUAACUGUAAGGCCAUUGAUUCCUAAAACAGUUACUUUCUACUAACAACUAAAUAUAUAAGACGAUGAUGAUAUGAUACAUAGCAAGAAAUAGAUUAUAGCACUUGGGUAACUGGAAAAUAUAAAAAUAAAAUAAAAUAGAAAAAAAAUGUUAUCAUAAAUAUAUAUUGGGGUGUGAACAAAGUGGGGAGACCAAUUGGAGAAGAGAAAGAGAGAGAAAAAAGCAGUUUGGAGGGGAAUGGUCGUUAUAGCUCCGGCAUACGCUCAUGCAUUUGCUGUCCAGCAGCUUAUAUGUGUGCGUGUCGGGUGCAUGACGCUAGUAACAAAAAUUUUUGAUUUUCAUCAUGCAAAAGCCGACAACAAGUAUGUGUGACACGAAGCAAGUACGUGUGUCACCCGACACACACACAUAUAAGCUGGACAGUAAAUGCACGAGCGUGUGCCGAGCUAUUAGAUAGAAACUGUCAAGGCGAAUCUCUACGAGGUGGUAAUGUUUCAUCAGUUGCUUGGUGCCUGAGGGCAGAAGUGAGAAUAUUUGCACUUUCUGUCUCACUUCUGCAUUCAGUGAAGAAUAGUAGAGGAGACUGAUAAUAGCCCACCAAAUUGUUGUAUUUGAAGAACCGGUAUCGCCAUAUUCACCUUGAGAGCUGCAUUAUAGCGUAUUUCAUACCGAACUCCACGGUUGAGAGAAUACAGAAAGAGGCAGCAUGCGCGAACCGCUAUGUCGCGCUAAGAAUUUCUAAUAAAGUCAGCCAAUUGGCUGACGUAAUAACUGAGCAUUUCUUUUAAUUUUUUUGUUUGUUGUUAUUAACGAACGAAUUUAUUCUCCCACCUGUUAUGCCAAAACCAGAAGUAAACUCAUCUUGAAAUCCAUCCAGAGCCAAGAGAAAUGUGAAAUAGCAAAAUACAUCUCACAAGAGUAGCAGGUAGUGGUUUCUUUACAAAAUUGUAAAACUCUUAGCUAUACAAGGAUGAUAGAUUACACGGUUUGGCCAUCCGAAGCAAAAUUGUGAGAGUAAUUUCAGCUUCCACGCCGGCUUCCUCGCCAGCCGAAUUCUUCACUUUCACACGCAUUCCUACACUCACCCAAUCACUCGUCGUUCAAAUAGCAACGAAGUGGCAUUGAGUUGAUUUUAUUCCUAUAUCACCAACACAAUCUCGAUUUUUUGUUCGCAUGACCCCAGGUGACGUUUGCCAAUCAAUUGACGACACCUCUAAAAAUCUUUUUACCAAGGCUUGUGCCUAAGAUAGUAAUAACAGUACUUUUUGUUUGUUUGUGGAGCCGACUGCGCCCCACGCAUUAACCAAUUCGUAAGGAAGAUGCACUACAAAAAUGUUCAUGAAAUGUAAAGGGACAAAUAGGUAGUGCGAAAACUUUUUACAAGUCUACAAUACACGCCCUGUUUCUUGUUAAGCUUUACAUGCAAUUUUGUGAGCAAAUACCGAUAAUAUUGUAUUCCUCUACCAAAUCUUAACAAUUGAAUUUUUUGACGUGGUAACGUCUUAUAAUUCGAUAUAGCCGGCUGCACGCACCAAAAAAUGCGUCAUUAUGCUGCUUGCUCAUUCGUCGUUAUCCUGCUCAUGCGUCGUUACCUUACUUGAACUGUAAGCGAGAGCGCGGAACGAACGACAAAGAGCACAAUCGGCCUCCGCAUUCGGCAACGUUCGACAUCUGGCUCUCUCCUACUUGAGUGAGCAUAUAUGUAUAUGUAUGUAUAUGUAUGUAUAUGCGCAUUUGUAUAUAAAUUCACAUAUUUGUAUUUGCAUAUGCCUUCUUCCUGUGUGCAUGGUAAUGAACCAUUUCUCUGUUGAGAAUAGGACGAUGAUAGAAAAAGUAGGAAAUGAAAGGGAGUGUUUCGAGUGUAAAGUGUCCUGAAAAAGGAAAACGAUCAUGUUGCCUCUUAGUGUUGUUUACUUAUUAACGUCUGAUGCACAAUCGAAAUUGAACAUAUCUUUCAUGAAUUUGAAAUUGUUCACGUUUGUGUAAAUGUAAUUCCAUUUACCUCCUUCUCUAUAUCCAUACAAAAUAUCUAUCAAACAAAUAAAAUUAAAAUUUUGUUUUGAAAAUUGCAACCAUUACAUCAGUAUUUUCUUAUGACGUUGUCACGUUAAACUAUCGUCAGUAAACCGACUUUACAGACAACCUCUUUUUUUGUUUGUUUUCUCAUAUGUUUUUCUUUUAACCGCUAGCCUUAUAAAUCGAGCGACGAAGUUGUGCCUCUUUCGAUGAAAGCUUUUCAGGUGGGUAAAAAAUAUCUCGUAUUUGAUACGAGCAUUUCACUUUUGGUCAGAAAAAGUAUCACUUGUCUCAUGCGAGGUUACCAUUUUAAGCACGGAAGUAGGAUCACGUCUCCCACAUGUUGUUUUAAGGCAAAGUAUUAACAAUUGGCACUUUCGAGCUAUCAAAGACAGGAGAACAAAACUCGUGCGUCCUUUAGGAAAUAUUUCAAGCUUUCAGAAAAAUUAAAAAAUUGUCGCUUCAGAUAAAAAACGAGGAAAUUAGAGCAGCUUGUAAUCAAUUGAAAACAUGUGUUUUUGUUUUUUUUGGUUUUUGUUUUAGAGAAGAUACUAUGGGUUCUAAAUCCAUUACUUUUAAGACCCUAAAAAUAAGUAAUUACUAUACAUUUACGAACAUAUUUUGGGAAUAGUAAGUUUGAGUUAUUUAGUGGAAAUUCCCAUUAUUAUUUUCUUUGAAACUCAUUUUUCUUUUUCACUUUUGGCCUCACUCGCAAGGCUAUGACGCGUAAAAAGCUAAACUUGGCUAAGUACACGCAAGCGUAGCCGUGAGAAAGAUUUCUCUACAGCCAUUAUUGCAGCCAACGGCAUUUCAAUAUCCCUUCUAGACAUCUAUGGAUUAGUUAGAAAUUCACUUAUUGCCAGGGAGAAAGUGAGGUUUCCCCAAAACUAUGCAAACUGUGCAAAAAAAAAAAACAUUCUCGUGCAAAUGAGCUGUAGCGACAAGCAUUUCAUGCCUGCUUUAGAGGCUUAAAAAACUUGAUUUUUUCGUGGCUUUUUUUGGGAAGGAAAGAAAUAUUCGAUUGAAUUGAAACUUUCUGGGUUUAUUGUUAUAUAUUUCAACAGUCUUCUCAAAUUUUUUCGUUAAAAUAUAUGUCACAUUAUGCCUGGUACAAGCAUUUUGCCGAGGCGCCUCGGGUGUGCAUGUGUCGUGCGGCGGGACAAAUGCAGGUCGCAAUUUUCAUCUCAAACCAAAAACCCAAAGAAUUUUUUAUUUUAGUAUAGUAUAGCUUCUAGUUAAACCAAGAAAAUUAAACAAAAAGUGAGAAAUUCAACAAUUUUUCGCAAAAACAAAAAAAAAAUAAUUUUUUUGGAAAAACA